UGGGAGUGCCCCGUAAUUGCCUCCGCGUUUCCAGAGUCUGGGGCUGGGCAAGGAUAUAGGGGUGAUUCUGCCUUCCGGUUGAGUGACUUCUCAACUGUGAAGUGGGGCAAGAGAGAUUGUUUUUCUGGCCUGUCCGGGGGAGGCAGGUCCUGCAGGAAACCAGCUUGGCCUGGCCUUGGGUUGGGUGUGCCUUGCCUCCUCUGAGGUCCUUCUGUCCUCUUUUUCCUGGUUCUGUCUCUGCGUCUGAGGCUCUCCAGAGCUCCUUGAUUGGCAGGGGAGCCAGUGACCUCUGAGUCCCCAGGAGAGCCGGAGGCUCAGUAACUGCAUAACUGCACGGGGCCUCCUGUCUGGGCCUCCACAGACCGUGGUCUCUGAGAGCAGGAAGUGGCUGGUCCCCUGUAAUCCUGCAUCUGUGUAAGAGCCUCAAGCCCUGCUGGCCCUCUCUCUGGGCACCCCUCACUUUUUUCUUGCCCUGGCCUUGGGCAGCACUCCGGUAACCCCAGUGCCACAGGUGAGGAACCGAAGCUGGAGACAGCUGUUAAUGGCAGGGGAGGGGCCGAGGGAGGCUGAGUGGCCGGUCUCUACCUCCUGCUCGUUCCACCAGUUCACACGAGGCAAUUGGAGGGAAGGAUUCUGCUGCCCAGAAAAUCCUCCGGAACCACGGGUGUUGCUCGUGGGCCUGAGCCGGUCAGUGAAGAACCUGAGGGGGGCCGGCCGCCCACGUGGCCGUUGGUGGCCCAGCAGCCCCUGGUCCAGCCCUCUGGCCCCCCGUGCGAUGCCUCUCCUCCCUGCACCAGGUGUGGACAGGUGCUGAGAAGGCGGACGACAUCAUUAAACAAAACAGCUUGGGGUCUUUGAAAAACAGUGACAGAAACCCAGGAAGGCUGGUGACUUGUCAGGUCUGGACUGUGAGGCUGAAAUGACAGGAGUCACGGAGGGGUGGGCUUGGGUGGUUUCCUCAUCAGACACAGAGGAAGGAGACCCCCAGCCCGGGAGCUGCCUCGUGCGCUUUGCUCUCCUUUUCUCCUGCUCUGUCCCUCUGGUCCUGCCCUAGACCCCGCCACCUGACCCCUGGCACAGCAGGAAUGCCCAGAAACCCAGUGGGACUUGUUCUCUGCCUGAAGCUCUUCCGCAUCCCUCGUAACCUCUCGGUGUGGAUGUGGGUUUCCUCACCACCAGGCUGUGCCUCAGCUGCGUGGAGCCACUGGUCUCUCAUGCCCCGCGCUGGCGAGAAUGCUGAGGCAGCAGCCCAGACGCGGCACAGAGAGGGCUUGGGAGCUUGCUGCAGCUUCAGCCACACGCACUCGCCCGGGUCUAUGGCCGCAGUCGGAGAGUGGUCCUGUGCGCGCUGCACCUUCCUGAACCCGGCCGGCCAGCGCCAGUGCUCCAUCUGUGAGGCCCCCCGGCACAAGCCCGACCUCAACCACAUCCUGCGGCUCAGCGUGGAGGAGCAGAAAUGGCCCUGCGCCCGCUGCACCUUCCGCAACUUCCUGGGCAAGGAGGCCUGCGAGGUGUGCGGCUUCACCCCGGAGCCUGCACCUGGGGCUGCCUUCCUGCCAGUCUUCAACGGGGUCCUCCCCAAGCCACCCGCCAUCCUGGGGGAGCCCAAGGGCAGCUGCCAGGAGGAAGCAGGUCCAGUGAGGACUGCGGGGCUGGUGCCCACGGAGCCCGCCAGGGGGCAACGCGAGGACAAGGACGAGGAGGAGGAGGAGCAGGAGGAGGAGGAGGGGGCGACGGAGCCCAGAGGGGGCUGGGCCUGUCCGCGUUGCACGCUGCACAACACGCCCGUGGCCAGCUCCUGCUCGGUCUGCGGCGGCCCACGCAGGCUCUCGCUGCCACGGAUCCCUCCUGAGGCCCUGGUGGUCCCGGAAGUGGUGGCCCCGGCCGGCUUCCACGUCGUGCCUGCUGCGCCUCCACCUGGCCUCCCUGGGGAAGGUGCCGAGGCCAACCCCCCAGCCACCAGCCAGGGCCCAUCUGCCGAGUCAGAGCCGCCCAGGGUCCCGCCCUUCAGCCCCUUCUCGUCCACCCUGCAGAACAACCCCGUGCCGCGUUCCCGACGCGAGGUUCCCCCCCAGCUGCAGCCGCCGGUGCCUGAGGCUGCCCAGCCGUCACCCUCUGCCGGCUGCAGGGGACCCCCCCAGGGCUCGGGCUGGGCUGGGGCCUCCCGCCUAGCAGAGCUGCUGUCUGGCAAGCGGCUGAGUGUGCUGGAGGAGGAGGCCACGGAGGGUGGCUCCAGCCGCGUAGAGGCCGGCAGCGCCACCUCGGGCAGUGACGUCAUCGACCUGGCCGGAGACACCGUGCGUUACACGCCCGCCAGCCCCUCUAGCCCCGACUUCACCACCUGGUCGUGUGCCAAGUGCACGCUCAGAAACCCCACAGCGGCCCCCAGGUGCUCGGCCUGCGGCUGCUCCAAACUGCACGGCUUCCAGGAGCACGGCGAGCCCCCCACGCACUGCCCCGACUGUGGGGCCGACAAGCCCGGCCCCUGCGGCAGAAGCUGCGGACGGGUGUCCUCGGCCCCGAAGGCCGCCCGCGUCCUGCCCGAGCGCCCGGGCCACUGGGCCUGCCCUGCGUGUACCCUGCUCAACGCACUGCGGGCCAAGCACUGCGCCGCCUGCCACACGCCUCAGCUCCUGGUGACCCAGCGGCGGGGGGCCGCGCCCCUGAGGCGCAGGGAGAGCAUGCACGUGGAGCAGCGGCGGCAGACGGACGAGGGCGAGGCCAAGGCGCUCUGGGAGAACAUCGUGGCCUUCUGCCGGGAGAACAACGUGAGCUUUGUGGAUGACAGCUUCCCUCCCGGGCCCGAGUCUGUCGGCUUCCCCGCAGGCGACAGCGUGCAGCAGCGCGUGAGGCAGUGGCUGCGGCCCCAGGAGAUCAACUGCUCCGUCUUCAGGGACCACAGGGCCACGUGGUCCGUGUUCCACACACUGCGGCCCUCAGACAUCCUGCAGGGGCUGCUGGGAAACUGCUGGUUCCUGAGCGCCCUGGCGGUGCUGGCGGAGCGGCCGGACCUGGUGGAGCGGGUGAUGGUCACGCGCAGCCUGUGUGCAGAGGGCGCCUACCAGGUGCGGCUGUGCAAGGACGGCACGUGGACCACGGUGCUGGUGGACGACAUGCUGCCCUGCGACGAGGCCGGCUGCCUCCUCUUCUCACAGGCGCAGCGGAAGCAGCUGUGGGUGGCCCUCAUCGAGAAGGCGCUGGCCAAGCUGCACGGCUCCUACUUCGCACUCCAGGCGGGCCGCGCCAUCGAAGGCCUGGCCACGCUCACCGGCGCCCCCUGUGAGAGCCUGGCGCUGCAGGUCAGCUCCACUAACCCCCGCGAGGAGCCCGUUGACACUGACCUCAUCUGGGCCAAAAUGCUGAGUUCUAAGGAGGCUGGGUUCCUCAUGGGCGCCUCCUGUGGCGGAGGCAACAUGAAGGUGGACGAUUCGGUCUACGAGAGCCUGGGCCUGCGCCCCCGCCACGCCUACUCCAUCCUGGAUGUUCGAGAUGUCCAGGGCACCAGGCUUCUGCGGCUCCGAAACCCGUGGGGCCGUUUCUCCUGGAACGGCAGCUGGUCGGACGAGUGGCCACACUGGCCGGGGCACCUGCGUGGUGAGCUCAUGCCGCACGGCAGCAGUGAGGGCGUCUUCUGGAUGGAGUACGGCGACUUUGUGAGGUACUUUGACUCCGUGGACAUCUGUAAGGUGCACUCGGACUGGCAGGAGGCGCGGGUGCAGGGCUGCUUUCCCAGCUCGGCCAGCGCGCCCGUGGGGGUGACCGCGCUCACGGUGCUGGAGCGGGCCUCGCUGGAGUUCGCGCUAUUCCAGGAGGGCAGCAGGCGCUCGGACGCCGUGGACAGCCACCUGCUGGACCUGUGCAUCCUGGUGUUCCGGGCCACGUUCGGCAGCAGCGGCCACCUCAGCCUGGGCCGCCUCCUGGCUCACAGUAAGCGUGCGGUGAAGAAGUUCGUCAGCUGUGACGUCAUGCUGGAGCCUGGCGAGUACGCCGUGGUGUGCUGCGCCUUCAACCACUGGGGGCCGCCCCUGCCGGACGCCCCGACCCCCCAGGCCUCCAGCCCCUCGGCGGGGGUCCCGAGAGCCUCCCCAGAGCCGCCGGGCCACGUGCUGGCCGUGUACAGCUCGAGGCUGGUCAUGGUGGAGCCCGUGGAAGCCCAGCCGACCACGCUGGCCGACGCCAUCAUCCUGCUGACCGAGAGCCGCGGGGAGCGGCACGAGGGCCGUGAGGGCAUGACCUGCUACUACCUGACGCACGGUUGGGCGGGGCUCAUCGUGGUGGUGGAGAACCGGCACCCCAAGGCCUACCUGCACGUACAGUGUGACUGCACCGACAGCUUCAACGUGGUGUCCACGCGCGGCAGCCUGCGCACCCAGGAUAGCGUGCCACCCCUGCACAGGUCCUGGUGAUCUUGUCCCAGCUAGAGGGCAACGCCGGCUUCUCUAUCACCCACCGCCUGGCACAUCGCAAGGCAGCCCAGGCCUUCCUCAGCGACUGGACAGCCUCCAAGGGGACCCACAGUCCCCCGCUCACACCAGAGGUCGCUGGUCUACAUGGGCCCCGGCCGCUGUGACCACCAUGCCUGGGGCAGGGGCUGUGCACAGACGGACCCCCAACCCCCACACGCACUUUAUGAGGGAGACCCCGACAGAGAACGCUUGAACCAGAAUCUCAGGACCCUGCCCAGGGAGCUGCCAGCCCAGGGCUCAGCUUCCCAUGGGCCCCCCGCCCCCCUCCCUCCCCUCCCUGAGCCCCACAGUCCGCCUGGCCAGGCCUCCUGGCCGCCACGCAGAAUACCUCGAACCAGGCGGGCUGUGAACCAGCCCCGCUCACCUGCCAGCCCCAACACCCGACAGGGGCCGAGGCCAGGCUGCCCCUCCCUGUGGGCUCAGGGUCUCCUGUGGGGGAGGCAGCCCGGAGCUCUGUCCACAAAACCAAAUCUGGGUGUCAGAGGCCAAGACCCCGGGGUGGGAUCAGGGACCACCCCUCACGGGGCAUAAGGUCAGUUUUCCCCCAGAGCCCGGGUCCCUGUCCCCCACAGGGCAAGCGGGGUCCCUGGAGCCCUGGUGUGGAGCGGCGAGUCCCGGGGUGGUGCCUGUCUCAGAAGGAGGGGGCCCUUGGCCAGCCCCCCAGCGACACUAUGCAACUCCUGGAGUGCCCGCCAGGAUCGAAGCCAUGACUGGGUGCAGGCGGGCGCCAGGCCCGCUGUGGGUGGGCAUCAGUUCUCAGCACCGCUGACUGCUGCCGGGCACACUGGGACCAGCAGGCUCCUCAGCCAACCCUGUCCCUCAGCCCGGCCCUGCCAGAGAGGGACCCCAGACCAUCGUGGGCACCGGCAGGGCUCAGCCGCUCCCACCUCCCCACAGAAGCCCAGGAGCGUGUGGACGUUUGAGCCCAGCUUCCUGCGUCCCCACCCGGCCCUCCUGGCCCCUCACCCCCGGCAGUGGGCCAGCCCUGCCCCCACUCCCCCCAACCCCGGCAGGGGCUUCUGGGGCCUUUUCACCUGGAGAAACAUUCCCACUCCCCUUUGGCCUCCCUGUACUCUGAGCUGUGAAUAUUUUUAACCCUGUAAAUACGGCCAGCUCUUGUGACACAGAGACUAUUUUAUCAACUGUCAGCCCCGUUCCUUUACGAUAGGAUUCUCCACAGUGGCUUCCGACUCAGGCUCCAAUGGACCAAAUAAAAGCGUUUUGUUUUGUAA